AUGGUAUGUGUCGCUCAAGAUACCUGCAGAGGCAAAGCAAUUGAAGAUCCUAUGCUUAUGAAAAAAGUAUUGGAAUUAUGUGACAGCAAGACGGAACACUUACCCGGUUUGUUGCCAUUUGUUCCUGGAAUGACAGUUAUUUUAACGCAAAAUCUUGCUAUUGAACUGGGUCUUAUUAACGGUAUAAAUGGAGUAUUUCGACAAUUAGUCUACGAGGCUGAUUCUGUGUCAACAGAUGCUCUAUCUAACACAUUUCCGAACAACACACAGUACGUGCAUCGACCUUUAUGUGAAUUAAUUGAAAUUGCUAGAUCAAAAAUUGAAUGUAAUCUUGAAACACUUUAA